AUGCCGAGCAAAGGCGUCCAGGUCUACACCUACAUCGCAGCGGGGGGAUGCUCUAUCGAGCUUUCAGUCCCAGGUCAGACUGUCGUCAAGGACCAGCUGCACCAGUUCUGGAACGGGGACCUCGAGGUCGAGUCCAGCAAGAUCGACAAUUUCUUCGAUAAGACUGGUCGCUUCGUCUUCAAAGUCCUGCAUGAGGGUAGGCCGGUCACGGAGCAAUGGGUCGAGGUGAACGCUCUCACGGGCAGCGUCGGUCAGGGAACUAUGACAACUAUCGCAAACACGCACUCAGUUAUACACCCGGAACCCAGGAUCAUCGUCUCUUAUGGCUUUUACGAAUCAGGCCACGGCCAUGAUAUCCUGCCCAACCGUCACCAGUGCUACAUCACGGUCACGCCUGAUUAUUCAGACUGGCUAGGGCAGGUGGCGCCAAUUGGAUCGCCUCAGAGAGACCAGCCAUUCCGGCGGCUCGUCCUCCCUGCGGCCCAUGACGUGGGGAUGAAUAGCAUGCAGAACUGUGCGACAAUCCUCAAGCAUGCUGGCGGCGCAGUGGUCCGGACCCUCGUCGCAAACGAGGAGAAGUACACGCAAGUGUUGGCAGAGCUUGCCGACAAGCUCUCAGGACCGGCUGUGUCUCUCAUAGCGCCGAACAUCGUUUCGAGUCUCGCAAUCACGCAGAAGGAUCCUCUGCCGAUCAUGCUCGCGCUGGGGGCUAGAUACUUCGAUGCAAUUCCCGGAAUGGCUUAUGAUGAGUUCCUAACAGAGGUCGUCCGGUUCCUGGUCGAACAUCCAACCGAGAUUAUCGUUGUUCAGCUUCGAUGGGAUGGCGUCCCCGGUGACUGUGAGCGUCCAAAUGACGAGCAGCAGAACGAACACAUACAGGCUGCCCUGCGUCAAUUCGAGGGGCAUCAGCAACAUGUGAUUGCCGGGAACUUGGAUGAUCUGCGGAACAGAACAAUUGGUGAUUUGCGUCGCGAUCGGCGCAGGCUGAUCAUGCUCCGGGACGUUGACUCGAUGUCCACCUAUACGGACGCGGGCAACGCCACGCUCAACGGCGAUAGCAUCGUCGAGGGCUUCGGCGCCGUACUGCACCCGGAAUGCUGCGGGGGGCGUGGCUUCAUCAACAUCCAGUGCCAGGCAACAGCCUCAAAUAUACCAAAGGCCGUGGUCUACAGUGUCCUCGAAGCAGGCGCCUCUACAAGCUGUCUAUUGGCUACUAAGCCCAUAUGCGACAGCAAGACACUACCGUGGGUGAAGGGAAACGCGCUGCGUGCUUGUGGUAACAAUGACCUUGUGGUUGUUAUGAACGAUUUCUUUGACGGCGCAACUGCUGAUGUGGCGAUGGAGCUAAGCCGACAGCGAUUGGGAUAA